GGGUUGCCUCUUUUUGUACUAACUGCUCCUUCAAUCUUCCUUGUGCUCCUCGCUCUUCUCCAAUCCCCCCAAACAGUUUAUCGCCCUACUUGGCUCCUUGAUCGGCUCUCAUUUGUAUACCAGCAAAUAGUCAGAAAAGGAGAGAGAACAAGCACGAUGAGGCCAGGAAGAAAGCCGAUCCACGCAGUGUCGAUGUGGGUUCGGAGGCAGCCGCCAAAGGUGAAGGCUUUCCUCGCCGUGGUAUCUGGCAUGGCGGCUCUCGUCUUGCUCCGUGUCAUCGUUCACGAUCACGACAAUCUCUUCGUUGCCGCUGAGGCUGUCCACUCCAUCGGAAUCUGCGUUCUUAUCUACAAGCUAAUGAAGGAGAAAACUUGUGCUGGGCUUUCACUUAAAACCCAGGAACUAACUGCCAUAUUUUUGGCUGUUAGAUUGUAUUGUAGCUUUGUCAUGGAGUAUGACAUCCACACUAUACUUGAUCUAUCCACUUUGGCCACUACAUUAUGGGUAAUUUAUAUGAUCCGUUUCAAAUUGAGAUCAAGCUACAUGGAGGAUAAGGACAACUUUUCAAUCUAUUAUGUGUUGGUUCCCUGUGCUGUUUUGGCCUUGCUGGUUCAUCCAUCUACAUCCCAUCAUAUCAUCAACAAGAUCUUUUGGGCGUUCUGUGUGUAUUUGGAAGCUGUUUCCGUGCUACCUCAACUCCGGGUGAUGCAGAACACUAAGAUUGUCGAACCGUUUACAGCUCAUUACGUGUUUGCGCUGGGAGUUGCUAGGUUCUUGAGUUGUGCUCAUUGGGUUCUUCAGGUUUUAGAUACAAGAGGUCGUUUAUUGACAGCUCUGGGUUAUGGGCUAUGGCCUUCUAUGGUUCUUAUCUCUGAGAUUGUCCAAACCUUCAUAUUGGCAGACUUUUGUUAUUAUUAUGUCAAAAGUGUUUUUGGAGGACAACUUGUCUUGCGUCUACCCUCUGGGGUUGUGUAAUAUGGGCAGAGUAUGGAAGAGAGUUAUGAACAAUCGGAAUUUCGUGACUCUCCACUAUGUGAGUAGAGUUUGUGGAGUUUCGUAGUUGACUAUGUUCGAAAAAGGUUGAAUUAAGCAGACUGUAAAUUCAGGGUUUUUUUUUAAAAGAAACUUUAAUAUGGUCAUCUGGGACAAAAAACACUAGUACUGAUUUAACUUAUUUCUCCUUUUUGGUGAUUUCCCACAUCAAGUGACAUAUGGUUAUAUAUUCAGUGAAGAAAGUUUUUAAACUA